AUGGAUGGAGUUACUCCUAAACAUAGUGAUGCUAGUUCUACUCACCCUAAUGAACAACCAUUUGAGGUGCAUGAUUUGGAUGUGGAAGAAGGGAAUUCCGAAGGCUUUGUUGAGGGUGACAAAGAAAAAGAGGCAAGUUGUGAUCUUAAGUCAAAUAAGAAACUAACUUCUGGGGCAUGGAAUUAUUUUGACUUGGUAAUGGUUAAUGGUGUGAAAAAGGCAAAGUGUAAGAAUUGUAAAAAAACACUCUCUUAUAGUGGAAGUAGUGGCACUUCACACCUCCUCAAACAUGCCAAGAAAACAUGUUCAGCAAGACAUUUAAACCUUGCAGCGGGUCAAACACAGUUGAAGAUCAAAGAGGAAUCAGAUGGAUCUACUUCUUUGGCGAUUAAGGAAAAGCAAAAGAAAGUGAUAUUUGAUCAAGAAGUUUCGAGGAGGGAGUUGGUUAGAAUGGUGGUAAUCCAUGAAUACCCGUUGUCCAUUGUUGAUCACAUGGGUUUUAGGAGCUUUGUGAAGAGCUUGAAUGAUAAUUUCAAGAUGAUUUCAAGAAACACAUUGAAGAGUGAUGUGUUGAAAAUGUACAACAAUGAGAGGAGUUCGCUUAAAGAUUUGUUGGAGAAUAGUGAGGGUAGAGUGGCUAUUACAACUGACAUGUGGACUGCUUCCAACCAAAAGAAAGGGUAUAUGGCCGUGACAUCACAUUUCAUCGAUCAAAAUUGGGUCUUGCAUAAUCGAACAUUGAGGUAA